CCGACGAAACACCAUGCGAAAGAAAAAGCAGCAAAAGCGAGCGAGUUGUUGUAUGUUGUAGUUGUUGUGGUUCAGUUCACGAAAGAAUUUUGUAAAAUUAACACAGAAAUUUGCGGGUGCGCCGUUGUUCAGCAUGAAGUGAAAACAAAGUUCAUUAAAUAAAAGCAAAAACGUGCUACUAAGUAAAUCGAUAAAAUAUUUAUAAACGAUUUAAGACUGGAUUUCCAGACUAUUGCGGAGCGUUUUUAAUUACCACCUACAUAUGUACGUCAGCACCGACAACCCCUUGAAAAUACAGAGUUGAAAACAACAACACUUAAGUGCAUAUACACUUACAAAAAUUUGUUGCUUUUGUAUACAUAUGUACGUUUGUUAAAACUGUUUGCGAAUUUAGCUCGCGUCAAAUAACUGUGCUUUUUUAAUACAUACUUAGUAUUAUGUAGUAGUCAGCCUUCUCGGUUGAUUGUGUGUGCGCGCGCGUUUGUUUUGCAUUGCCCACGUGGGCGGGAGGCCAAACAAUACUUAACACAGGAUCAUUCAACUUACACAUUACACAGCAGCAGCAGCAGCAGCAGCAGUAAAAAAAUAAACACAUUUUCAACAAGUAGAUAUUUUAUUCCUUUGGAGGAAUUAACUCACACAAACAACGCACACACACUCUUUCGCAUUUCCAACCCCGCCCAAGAGUGCCGUCAUUGCCACCGGUGCAGUUGGCAAUCAGCCGUCUUCGCUUUGCAAACAAAACAAAAAAAAACAACAAACUUAAACACUGUUGGAGGUCAGCUGCUGCGGAGGAGCAAGUAAAUUGCGUCGCAAAAUUUUCUCUCACCCGAUCGCUGAGACGUUGCACAUAUAUAGAAAACGCGAAAAAAGCCCGAAAAAGAAUAUUCUGCCAGAGUUCGACUGUGUGGGACGAACAACAGAACAGGCGCGUUGAUCUAAAAGCAUUCCUCAAUAGAGAAACAACUGCAGUAAUAUUCAGAAACAAUUAAAAGCUGCGACAAACGAAUCGGGAAAGACUUGAACAAACAACUAAGAGCGUAAAAUAAUAAAUAUUUCAUUCUCGCCAGAAAGCAAAAUAAAACUAAAUCAAACGAGAAAAACCAAAACACCAACGCACAAAGUAACCUCAAACUCAAGGCGAUCGCAGCUUCGGCUGCAUCAACGGCAGCGACGUCGUCGUCAUUGAAGGCUAACUGUCGCUGUUAAUAACUGACACUUAGCUGUCAACGGGGGUUGAGGGGUGCGGGCUAUAUGCGGGCGCAGGAGUGACACGCGCAUAGUACUUAGAACUCAUAAUUUGAAUAACUGGAAUUGCAGAUUUUCCAAACGGCACAAAAUGAUCUGCAACAAGAAAUCGUACGCUAUGAAAAUGCUGCAAAUAGCAUUGGCCUUGAGUCUGCUGCAUGUGGAUCCGGAUAAUUAUCUACAGCAGCGCUUACGAAAUUGGGACUCACAGCUGGAGUUGCGCGAUGGCGACGGUUGGGAGCUGGAAAUGUUGCGCGCAGUACCAAUGGUGGAGUAUCCUUACGCUAAUCGUAAGACCAUGAUGCCGCUCAUAGAGGAUCUAAUACGCUACGAUCGACAACACGAUGCCACGCUGCCGCAAUAUAAUGUCACAGCUUAUAUUUUAAACGUGCAGAACGAUGGUGGCACAAAUCAAACGGCCACUUUGCCGGAGUUGCAAACAACUGCGAGUAGUGCGGCUAAUGCCGGCGGAAGCGUGAAUGUGGCAGGAGCCACUGCGCUAGAGCAGGCAGCCAAUGCUGCAGCGGCAGCUGCUGCGGCCAGCACGAACGCCACUAACAUGGGACUGCCGGCUUCGGAGCUGGAUGUGUUUCUGAAUUCGGAUAACUUUCAAGAUCAGCGUUCGGUAUGGGAGCAAAAUUUAGCUGAUUUGCGGGACUUUGGAGAUCUUGCCAUUAACAAUCCAUAUGCCGGCUUGCCGCUCAAGGAUGAACCGUACAAUAAUACUUAUAUUGACUUGAAUUUGGAUGCAUUUCUUCCGACCAUUGCAAGCGCUGCAACUGCAGCGGCUAAUGCGGUAAAAAAAGAAGAUGAGACAAUUAGUGCUGGUGCUUUGAAUGACACCUAUCCAGAACCAGCAGAUAUUGCCAGCAUUAAAACUGAGCAGUUCGAUAAGGAAGAAGAAGAGGAAAUUGCGCUGGAAAAUGAAGUCGCUAGCUCUAGCUCCAGCAGUUCAACUUUGGCGUCCACUGUGCUGGCGAUAAAGAAGGAACCGGAAGCCAGUGGCGACGAUGGUGAGCAAACUGAAAGUGAGGAAGUGGAUUUGAGUCCCUUUAUUAGUCAAACGGAGCUGAUCGAAGAGGAGAGCGAAAUUAUCGAUGUGCUCUGGAAGCAAGAUGUCGAUCUGGGUUAUACAUUGACACCACCGCAUUUGCUUAACUCAAGUAGUAAUGGUAAAGUUGCAGUGGUUUCUGAUGACGACAUUGAGAAGUUAAAAGCGCUAGAAUACCUAAAAUUAGAUCAGCCAAACUUUGAGGACAAAGAUGCUAAUGUAUCCGAUAUCGAUGAUGAAUGGGCUGGUAUACCAUUCACGGUGGAUAAUGAAACUGCUAUCCGCUUUGCCUCGACCUCCAGCCAUUAUGCCGCCUGCUGCAUUCUCUCACGCAUAUACCAAGCAUUCGACAAUGGUGUUUAGUUCAGCAAUGCAUGCUGCACACGUCCCAAAUCCAUAUCAGUUACGAUUAUGUGCAUCUAUAAAUGCAUAUUGAUAUCUAAACUGCUGCUGCCGCUUUUUUUUUCUCCAGCAAUUUUCAGUUUCCCUCCCAGCCAAGUUCCCAUCAAAGGUUUAUUGUAGUCGCGCCAAU